GGUUCAAGCGAGUAAGUCAUCACUCUGCUGUGCUGACUGGUGACUCUGCGUAACCACUAAUCCCCCACCCUCUCUGCAAAUAUACCUUUAUUACUUCUUUACCGUGCUGCUUCUUUUUCUUUUUUAUUUUAUUUUCAUUUUCUGUUAUGCUUUGUGAAUGAGAUCAAAAUCAAGAUUAAAUCAUCUUCCUGUUUGUGGGUUUUUGUUUUCUUGAAGGUUUCUACGUUAAAUAAAAAAAAAAGGGGGGGAGUCUUUUGAGAUGGAGGGAGAAUUUCAGGGGUUCUUUUGAGAGGGUGAAGGUGUAGACAGGAGUUGGAGGUGAAAAUUGGAUGGGAGUGAGAGAAAGAAAGAGGGAGUGUGAUGAGGAAGUCUUUCAAAGAUUCUCUCAAAGCGCUUGAAGCUGAUAUACAACAUGCCAACACCCUGGCAUCUGAUUAUCCAAGGGCGUAUGAUGGUGCCUGCCUUCAGAUGAGACUUUCAUACAGCCCUUGUGCCCAUAUCUUCCUCUUCCUUGUUCAGUGGACUGAUUGUCACCUAGCUGGUGCACUUGGCCUGAUUAGGAUCCUUAUUUACAAGGCAUAUGAGGAUGGUAAGACAACAAUGUCUAUUCAUGAAAGGAAAGCUAGUAUAAGAGAGUUCUACGGUGUGAUAUUCCCCUCUUUGCUGCAACUUCAUAGUGGGAUCAGUGAUGCUGAAGAAAGGAAACAGAAAGAGAUUUGUGCAACCAAAUACAGGAGAAGAGAUGAAAUGGAGAAGGGAAAGCUGUCUGAAAUCGAGAUUGAGAGAGAGGAAGAAUGUGGAAUUUGCAUGGAAAUGAAUACCAAGGUUGUCCUGCCCAGUUGCACUCAUUCAUUGUGUAUGAGGUGCUACAGGAACUGGCGGGCUAGAUCUCAGUCGUGCCCAUUCUGUCGGGAUAGUCUCAAGAGAGUGAAUUCAGGGGAACUCUGGAUCUACACUAGCAAUUCUGACAUUAUUGACUUAUCUGCUUUUGCAAGGGAAAAUCUGAAGAGACUAUUCAUGUAUGUCGCCAAGUUGCCUCUCAUUGUUCCAGAUCCAAUGGUGGUUUCGUAUGAUCCUCAUUUUCGAUGAACUAUAAUGGUCUCCUCCAUUCUUUGUAUAUAAACUGUUUGUAUAUAAGAUUCUGUUUGUACCUUCUCUGCCAUGACAUGACACGUUGGGCAAAGGCAAACUCAACUCGCAUGGAAAAGGAGUUUGCAUCAUAUUUAAAUUCUUGAAUGUUCUUUUCCUUUGAGAUCAAAUAGUUCAAGUAAUUGACUCAGCAACUUCUAUGUU